AAGUCAUCAGUGACGGCGAAUAUUUAAGAUGGCGAUGUUUAGCAGCUGAUAAAUAAUACUAGUUUUUGAUACAUAAAAAGCAUAUGAAUUAAAUUAAAUCCUAUAAAGGUAUUUAUAAUUUUAUCUAAGCAUUCCUCUGCCAUUUUUAUUGAUUUUUUCCUAUAAUCAAAAGAAUUAUUAAAUUUCUCUACUUAAUAUUCUUACUUUCAAUUUACGCCCUCCUCAUAAAAUAUUAGCUUUUAAACUCUUUUAGAAAUACUAAUAUAUUACUAUAGUUAUCUGGUAUGUAUAUUGAGCCUUAUUAACAAACAAUUUGAGAAUGAUUCGUGGAAUAAAAAAAUAUAGAGCAUUGUAUUGUUUAUGUUUAUUCUAUUUUCAUCAUACAAUUUCGCUUAUAAAAAAAAAACUGCUGAUGAAUCAGUUUUAUAGUUCGGGAUAUUUAAAUUUUUAUAUUGAAAGCUAGUGAGUGUGAUCCAGCUAUAUAAAAUCUCAUCUAUCUAAGAUCUACAUUUCAUGAGUGAACAUUUCUGUUUGGACCUUGAAAGUGCUAAUGAUCUGUGCUGCUUAUUUAAAACCUUCAGAAAUUGUCUUGUUAACCCAUGUAAUUUGUUGUGACAUGGAAAUUUCAGAUGACAACCGACCAUAACCCCGAAUUCGUUCCAGGUGCACCUGAAAAAAGACGAGCACAAGACGAAAAAGGAAGCGAUAAAAAAAAAAUGGUUCUGCUGAAUAGAGCACAAAGCUUGAUUGUUUGGUCCCUUGAAAAUAGGAGGAAUUAUACACCUUCUCUACGCCAGCCCCACGAUGUCACUUUUACGGAGAAAGGAGAAUUAUUGGUAACCGAUGGCCUCUGGCCUCAUUCAUCAAUUAAGCUCUUUAAUCCAUCAUCUGUAAGACCGAAAUGUUUCUUCAGUGGCAAAAUUCUUCCCUUUGGUAUAGAACCUCUAGAUGCGAAUACAGUUUUGGCAUCCGAUCAUCAUUCUCGAUCUAUUUUUAAGUGUGACCUUGAAAUGUCACAUUUGAAACAGUGGUCGGAUUACAAUUUCUCAUGGCCUCUGGGUGUAUCAAAGUGUGCCGACAGAAUAUAUGUCGCUGAUUCAGAGCAGAAUGCUAUAAUUGUUUUAGAUGAUGGUGGCAAUUUCGUAUCGUCAUUCUCCACAAAAUCAAUGCAAAGACCUGAAUAUUUGGCAGUCUCAAACGAUGUAAUUUUUGUGACUGAUUCUAUGACGAAAUGUAUCCAAACAUUCGAUACGGGUACCGGAACUUAUCUUGGUUCUAUUGGGAAAAGCCAAUUUAAAGUUCCAAAAGGUAUUGCAUUUAGAAAUAAGAAGCAACUGGUUGUUGCAGAUUGGCUUGGAGAUAAAAUUUAUUUGUUAUCUUUAACUGGAAACAAAUUGUUGGAAAGUAUGAUUUGUUUGGAAGAUGAAAUCUCAUAUCCGCGAGGCCUGUCUGUCAGAAAUGAUAUUAUAGGAGUCAGUCAGCAGAAACUAAAAGCACCUCCAGCUCUGAAACUAAUAGAGAUUAGAAUUUGA